AUGAGGAGAGAACAUGAUUCAGAAUCUGAUGAUUCUGGAAGCGAAAUUCCCUCGGGAAGCAAGAAAAUUAAAUAUUCGCAAAAGUUUAAUAAAACGUGGCUAAAUGAUCCCGAUUUCAAAGGCUGGUUAGAGCAAUGGGAAGAAAAUAGUGCCUACUGUAAAGCUUGCAAGAAAAAUAUAUCAGUCAAAACAAUGGGAAAGCAGGCCCAAGUAAGGCAUAUUGCCAGCGAAAGACACAGAACAAGUUUGAAAUCUGUAAAAGGCCAGCAAACAUUAGCAUCUUUUAAAAAGUUUAGCAAUUUGGAGAAAACGACAAAAAAAUCUGAAAUGCACAUAGCAGCUUUUGUCUCGGAACAUAAUUUAUCCUACAAUAUAAUGAACCAUUUCGUACAACUUCUUCCCAAAAUAUGCCCCGAUUCAGAAGUAGCAAGAAAUAUUAAAUGUAAACCAACAAAAUGUUCCGCCAUAGUAAACAAAAGUUACUGACAGUUUUCUGGCCUUGAUACCCCUCCAAGGAGCUACAGCAAAAAAUAGUC